AUGUCCAAAGCAUUACUACUUGAUGAUACUUUCGAUGAAAAAGAUGACGAAAUUGGAAUUCGUUUCAAUGAGAGACUUUCAUUACAACCAGCUACUUCUACUCCAAGUUUAAGCGAAUCCUAUGGAUCUGCUACACUUUUAUGUAGACCUGACAAGCAAGAGAAUCAAUCCCAACAACGAAGGAAAAUUGAUGUUUUUGCUAACAUUAAAAAGACAGCAGAAGAUUCUUUGGAUGAUAAAAGUUGUGUUGAUUAUUCACCGUGUACUACCAUUAAUUAUGAUACAUUUUUGAACGAAUCAACAGAAAGUAAAGGAAUAAACAAUGAAUUGAUUAAAAAUCAGUCAGAAAAUGAACAUUUUAUUCUCAAUCCUGUAUUUUGUGAUACUGACAUUGAAAUUGAAGAAAAUAUAGAAAAGAGGAAUGAAGAAAAGAUUGCUUUACUAAAAAAUGAAAAUAUUAUUUUAAAUGAAGAAGAUUUUGGAAAUAUUGCUUUAUCAUCUACUAAUUUACGUAAAAGCUUAAUUUCAACAAAACAAAGAAAAGGCGCUGAAGUAGCUUUUGAGGAAGGGACACAGACUAAAAAGGGUAAAAAGGUGGGCUUAAAAUAUUUGGAGUAUACUUAUCUAUUUAACAAAAUGCCCUCUGUUGUAUACUAA